UAUAAAGCGGCGGAGAUGCCUCGCACAGGCAGGAGCUUGAGCUCUCAUAGCCAACUUGAUAGGACGAGGGAGGGGCGCGCCGUACACUUCUUACUCUGCAACAAUAGAGCGGUGCACCGUCCUGAGCAAACCUUCAACGACGCAGCCAAACCAGCAGCAAUGAAGACAACACUGGCAACUCUGGCACCUUUUCUGGCGGUCCUCGUGGCCGCGGACUUCCCUUUCGCGAGGAAAGGGGGUUCAUCCGCAAGCGGCACGACCAAGGAGAAGCGCGUGCAGUACGCGGCGUGGGACGACGUGAACGUGCUCGCCCAUGGCCUGCUACAGCUGGGCCAAGGGCUGAAGGAGCACGUGGACAAAACCAAAGUCCAGAUGAGAGAUAUCUCCACCAAACUGAAGGUCUUCAACGGCACGGUGACAGAGCUGGGGAAGGAGAGCCAGAAGCUGAGAGCCGAGGGGGAGGCUCUGAAGGCUCAGGUCCGGGGACUGGAGGACAGAGAGGGGCACCUGCUGAACAUCACGGCCGAGCUGAGGGAGAAAACCGAGGAGAUGCAGCACGAGAGGAGGACGUUGACCGAGAGGAUGAGUCGACUGGAGGAGAGGGUUGACAGCAUGCUGCAGGGAGACGGGGUGCUGCCUGACAUGAAUGCUGGCGCCUCCAAGAACUACAGUGAGGCUGGCAUCAUCCAGGUGAUGCUGGAGGCUCAAAACAAACGUAUUGAUGACCUCGUGGUGAGAAUCCGGCUCCAGCAGGAGAAACUGGACAAACAAAAUGUGCGAAUCAGGACCCUGCAAAGUCAGCUUCAGCAGAAGAAGGAGAGGCCGAUGAUGAAGAGCAGCAAUAAGGCCGAGGACAAGGUGCAAACUAGCGAUGUGGAGCAACGUGACUCCCCGGCCGAAAUAGCCUCAGACUGCCACGAGCUCUUCCUCAGGGGAGAGACCGCCAGCGGGGUCUACACCAUCCAGCCUCUGAACGCUCAACCCUUUGAGGUCUUCUGUGAAAUGACAGCAGAAGGCGGCUGGACAGUAAUCCAGAGGCGCCAAGAUGGAUCUGUGGACUUUGACCAGCUAUGGCAGGCCUACCAGAAGGGCUUCGGCAGCUUGAAUGGAGAGUUCUGGUUGGGUCUGGAGAAGAUCUAUUCUGUGUCUAAAAAUGGUGACUACAUCCUAAAGAUCAAGUUCUCUGAUUGGAGGGAUGACUCAGAGUCCAUCCAGCUCCCCUUCCAUCUGGGUGGUGAGGAGACCAAAUACUCCCUUCACAUUCAGGAGACAGGCACCAUCGCCAACCUGGAGAGCUCCCUGGUGACUGACGCCAUCUCCGGCCUGCCCUUUUCCACCCGUGACCAAGACAAUGACCAGAAAAACGACAUCAAUUGUGCCAAACACCUUUCCGGUGGCUGGUGGUUCAGUAAUUGUGGUCGCGCCAACCUAAACGGACGAUACUUCCAGAGCCCCCCUCCCAAACAGAGGCACCAGAGGAAGCAGGGUGUCUUCUGGAAGACCUGGCGAGGCCGCUACUACCCUCUGAAAACCACCGUCAUGAUGAUCGCUCCUGCCAGUGUCGAGCACAAAUCGUAAAGGCAAAAGAGAGAGAAAACAGAAAGAAUCUUAAACUUUUUUUCUCUUUGGUUGAUGAGGUGGACAGGGUGGUGGGGGGGGGGGGUUCAUUUUUCCCUCCGUUCUCCAUCUGGUAGUCUCUCACAGUGAGGGAGACCACAAAAUAGAGAACUAAGGCCCACAAGAGGAGAAGGUCAAACAGCUCAUACUUCAAUGAGUUCCAGGUUUCCAUCUCUCAGCCUCCUGAAAGCCAAGCAGACUUUCCUAUACCACUACAAGGCAGAGAUGGGAAGAAGAAAAAAAAGAAGCACGAUACAAACUAAUUAUACAGACAUGUCUAGUUAAGCAUAGUCAAUAUGAAAGAAAGGAGCAGUGAAAAAUAGCCGUGUGUUGGCACAACCACGGAAAGUGGUAUGAGACAGCAUUUGUAUAGCAGAUUCUCACUGUUGGAGUGCGGCUAGGGGGCUGCAAUGCCUGUAAAUGCAAAGUUAAAGUCACAAAGUGUCACAGAGCAAGUCCGGACCCGUGCAUGAUGCUCCGAGACACAAAGCAUCCUCAACAAGUUCGGACUCAUCACCAGGCAUGUGGCCUCUUAUAGUGUGUGUGUGUGUGUGUGUGUGUGUGUGUGUGUGUGUGUGUGUGUGUGUGUGUGUGUGUGUGUGUGUGUGUGUGUGUGUGUGUGCGCGCAUGCGUGCAUGUUGAGGUUAAAUGGGAUUUUCUUGAGUAAACAGCACUGCCAGUUCAAAAGAACAGUUUUAUAAAAAAAGUGGUAUGGACCAAAAGGUGACUUAAUCCAAGUCCUUUCCCACAAGAACACAGCGGCAUUAAUAGCUAAAAAGACAUAAUGAAAAGAUUUUAAUCACUGUAAACUAGAUUUACGGUGCCUGGAAAGAAACCGCUAAGAACGUGUAAUGUCGGAAAAUGGUUGCUGGUCAGAAUUACCAUUCUCCAACAUGGGGCACUGAAAACCAUUCCAGCCUUUGUGCGGUAAAAUAAUACUCGCCUGCCAUUUCAGAUCAAAACGAGUCUGUACUUCACUGUGUUUGGUUUUACUGUGGAGUUUUUGCAAUGAGUUGAGUCACAUUGACUGCCUUUUACAUAUUAGAGACAUCUUUUUGUACAUAGUGUAUGAAGGAAUGUCAUAUCUUCUCUGUACUUUUCACUGUAAACCCGUCUGUCGUGAUAUUGUGUCGGUAUUCUUACGUCAUGUGAUUUUUGUCGUAGUGUUUUUGUUCCCUUUCUUUAUUUAAAUUCUGUAAAGAAUCUAUAUUAUGCAUAUAUAUUUCUGGUGCUUCCUGUCUGUAAUUUAUAAUGUCUUCAUAUUUCACAGAUGUAAAAUUGUUUUUUAAGAGAGUAUAAGAGAUCUUUGGUCACAACGAACCAAUAAAAUUGAUGUAAAAUGAA